AUGGAGGACCCUAAUGCAUACUGGCCAGAUAUUGAUAUCGAUCCGUACCCAAAUCCAUCAUAUAAGUGGGUACCAUUCUGCUAUAUCUGUUGCAGUGGGUUUACCACUGUCCCGAGAGAUCACUCCCUUGGCCGGGAUACUUACUCUAGGCCGAAUGCCUCUGAAAUCACAUACACGGCUCACGAGUUAGAAGACCUUCAUGCCCUUACAUAUCCUGGCUGGCGAACCCUCUUUCGGCUGAUUAUGUAUGACCCUAAAUCGCGGAGCUAUAAACUCUCUGGAAUUUCUCAGAAUUUCUAUCCAUGGCGCAAGUUCCACGCUCCGUGGAAUGAAAAUGAUGGGCUUAUAAGUGUCGGGAACUACAAGAGAAUCUGGCGGCAUAGACUAGCGGCACCUAAGCUAGUACAAUGUAAGGAAAAUAUCGAGAAACAGUCGAGUCUUGCUGGGUAUUUGGUUCACGCUAGGUGUUGGAGGGAAUUUCUUCGAGUCAAUAACUGGCAUCACCUUACGAAGGAGAGUUUAGGUACCCUGUCUCGCGCGCUGCGAAUGCGCUAUCCCAUGGGAAUGACAUCAGUUCGGCGAUUUGUCACUCGAUGCAGGAAUAGAGCUAAAUAUAAAGCCAGCAGUAUACCAUGCUCUACCGAUUCAUGGCUUAUUCGUCUUCCAAUGGAGUUACAAUAUAUGAUCAUGGAUUAUCUUUCUUAUGAGGAUUUCUGCUCAGUCCUGGAAGGAAUUCAAUGGACAGUUGACAAAGGUUAUUGGAAGCUACGGCUCAAUCUCAAUCUAUUCAGUGAGAUACAGAGUAUCUUACACGAAGAUUUAGAUUGGCGAUGGCUUUGCUUGAAGUUGGAGGUUCUUGAGCAUAGCCAGGCUGGGGUGGACAGAAAGCGUUUCUUCACGCUGCUGGAGGAAAUAGCGGUUCAAUAUGGCUUAACGAAAACGAUCAAGUGA